AUGAAGGCAUUGAGACUGAUACAGAGUAGAGUACAUCACCAUAGAGUCAUUGGAAAGCUAUCGACCUCACCACACAUCCGGACCUUCUCAGCUUCCGCCAUGGUCAAAGGCGACCCAUUCAAGCCCGCUCAGCGCGUGGCAGGUCAACGACAAGAUGUCUGGAGCAUUGUCAAUGAGGCAGCUCAGGCGUCUUCGGUACAGCCAAUGGUCAACAUGGGCCAGGGCUUCUUCGGGUACAACCCUCCGCAGUUCGUGGUAGAUGCAGCAAAAGAGGCAUUGGACAAGGUGGAGUGCAACCAGUACUCACCAACGAAGGGACGACCUCGAUUGAAGAAAGCGAUCGCAGACGCCUACUCACCAUUCUUCGGCCGAACACUGAACCCAGACACCGAAGUCACAAUCACAACCGGCGCCAAUGAGGGCAUGCUCUCAGCCUUCAUGGGCUUCCUCGAGCAAGGCGACGAGGUCAUCGUAUUCGAGCCAUACUUUGAUCAAUACAUCUCCAACAUCGAGAUGCCAGGCGGCAAGGUCGUCUAUGUUCCGAUGCAUCCUCCCAAGGACGGCAACACGAAGACCACGAGCGCGAGCGAAUGGACACUAGACAUCAAAGAGUUUGAGGCAGCGAUCACCGAUAAGACGCGGAUGGUCGUUCUCAAUAGCCCACAUAAUCCAAUCGGCAAGGUAUUCAGCAAGGAAGAGUUGAAGGCGAUUGGAGACAUCUGCGUGAAGCACAACAUCAUAAUACUCUCAGAUGAGGUGUAUGACCGGCUAUACUACGUGCCAUUCACACGCAUGGCCACGCUGUCUCCAGAGAUUGCGAAGCUUACCCUCACUGUGGGCUCAGCGGGCAAGAACUUCUACGCGACAGGAUGGAGAGUCGGCUACUUGAUCGGUCCUGAGCAUUUGAUCAAGUACGUCUCUGCCGCACAUACACGGAUCUGCUUCAGCAGCGUCAGCCCUUUGCAAGAAGCGACAGCAGUGGCGUUCGAGCAGGCCGAUGCACACAAAUUCUGGGAGAUGAGCAAGACAGAGAUGAAGGCAAAGAUGGACAGCUUCAAUAAGAUCUGGGAUGAGCUAGGUCUUCCGUACUCAGAUCCUGAAGGUGGGUACUUUGUUCUUGUGAACCUCUCCAAGGUAAAGCUACCGGAAGACUACGACUUCCCGUCUCAUGUCGCGAGCCGGCCUCGCGACUUCAAGCUCUCGUGGUUCCUGAUCAAGGAGCUUGGCGUGGCUGCUAUUCCUCCGACCGAGUUCUUUACGGAUGCCAAUGCACAUCUUGCAGAGGAUUGGCUAAGAUUCGCCGUGUGCAAGAACGACGAUGUUCUCGAGCAGGCGAAGGAGCGACUCCGUGGGCUCCGGAAGUACAUGCAAUAG